CUUUGGCACAACAGGCAGUACUAAGUCGUUUUUCUCCUAGUUGCCGUAAUGCCACGUGCAUCCACUUACAUUUGUAACAACCUAAACAUUACGAAACUUAUAUUUGAUUUUAAAAAGCCUCACGUAAUUCGACACUCUCAUAGACCUCCAUACAACAAAACAUUUAUCUCGCGGACAGAUUUUAACGAGAGUAAAGCCUCUUCCUCUGUAAGGAAACACAUUCUUCCGGUGUAGCGAAACUUUAUUUUCUAAUUGUGAGUAUUUGAACGAGAAACAGAAACGUGUUCCUCUCAUGUAUGCAAAUGAAGAGGAAGACCUAGACAAUAACCAAUCGACAAGAUUAAGAUCAAACCUUGGAAAAAGCAACGCAAUAAAACCAAGAUGACUAGAAGUCAUCGAGACCCCAUCAAAACAGAUUGUGAAACAGUCAGAUGAUGUUGACUCCAGUAGAGAAGAUUCAGACAUUGACCAAGCCCACUCUCUCAGCAGUAAUGGGUUUACUUUCAACAUCAUCCAAAUCAAAGAGGAGGAAACAGACUUUGACGUGCAUGAAACAAGUGAGGAACAUAACGGAAUCAGAUCAAAUUAUCACUUGGAUUCUAGAGCACUCCACCAGGAUUCUAGAGCACUCCACCAGGAUUCUAGAGCACUCCACCAGGAUUCUAGAGCACUCCACCAGGAUUCUGGAACCAUCAAAACCAAGACUGAAACAGAUUCUGUUUACAUUAGCCAAGGAACGGUGGAAAUUAAGACUGAGCAUGAUUCUGAAAUCAGAGUGGUUAAGACAGAAACUCUAGUGUACUCCCCCUCACACAGCUGCCCCCACUGCAGUUGCAUGUUCCCCACACCACAGCAGCUACUUGUCCACACCUGCCAGGUCGUGAAUUCUGACAACAUUGUGGAUUUUUUGUUGAAGACCCCAUUUCAUUCACAUGGCUUGGAGUCCACAGAAAAGGUGCGAAUUAAAACAGAGGGUCGACCUCUGCCUGAAAUCAAGUACAUAAGGAAGGAAAGUGAGGAGGGCGUUCAAUACCAACUGGUAUGAAAAGUAUCAAUGGCUAACAGGUAGUCUUUCAUCAAGUCGCUUGUAUUGCUGGCCUUGUCUGCUCUUUGGAACGUUAGAGCCUUGGGCUAAAGGGGGGUUCAGUGACCUGAAGAACAUUGACCGUUCAGCUAAACGGCUUGACGAAUGCCGGGAGCAUCUCAACUCCUACGCGAAACUCAAGCUUUUGGGACACCCGAGUCAUCAUGCCAAUCAUUCACUCAAUGAAGGCCUGCGUAUUCAAGCUGCGCAACACAACGAAAAGGUCCGAAGAAACAGGGAUGUUCUCAAACGCCUCAUUGACAGCAUUGCAUAUUUAGGCAUGCAAGAGUUGGCUUUUAGGGGGCACGAUGAGACGGAAUGUUCCGCUAACAAAGGCAACUACAGGGAAUUGGCAGAGGUAAUCGCGCGGUAUGAUGCUUUACUUGCUCAGCAUAUGGAAUCUUCAACUGUGUUCACUGGAAUGUCAAGAACAAUUCAGAACGACUUGAUAACUGCUAUCGCAUCAUCAAUUAAAAGUGAGAUUAAAAGCAAAGUUGACGCUGCUCCAUUUUUCUCAUGGCAAAUGGAUGAAACUACAGACCAUUCGCAGUUGUCAUUGUCAGGUAUGUGGAUGAUCGGGGGUGUGUCCAGGAGCGUUUCUUGGGCUACUUUGAUGUGUCAGCUGGGCGAUAUGCACAGUCUGUGUUUGAUCUAGUGAAUUCGGAGAUGUCAGAGUUUAACUUUGUGGAGAAACUAGUCGCUCAAACAUAUGAUGGCGCUGCUGUAAUGGCUUCUGAUUUAAAUGGUCUGCAAGCAAAAGUAAGAGCUGUAGCUCCGAGGGCCACCUUUGUGCAUUGCUAUGCACAUCCCCUCAACUCCGUAUUAAGCCAGAGCGUGAAGUCUAUGCCCAAGACCAAGGUUUUCUUUGCCACACUGGGUGGCUUCGCAACUUUUUUUUGUAAAUCCACCAAUAGAAUGCUGCUAGAAAAGGCCGCUUGUGCAAGUUUGCCAAAAAAUGUAACAACACAUUGGAAUUUCACGUCCAGAGUCGUUAACACAGUGGCAAAAAACUUUGAGCAUCUAUUGGACACAUUCACAGGUAUCACAGAGCAUCCUAUCAUGGAUGAUGACACGAUUUUCGAUGCAAAUGGGUUCAAGACACAGCUGGAAGAUUUUCAUUUUAUUUUUUUACUUCUCACUUUUGAAUAUAUAUUUGCUUGCACAGAUGUGGUUUUUGACAGUGUGCAACAGAAUGCCAUGGAUGUAGAACUUUGUAAGAGGAGGAUUGAGAAUCUUAUGCUCAAGAUAGAGGAGCACAAAUCUGAAGAAGAAUUUAGUGCUAUAUAUCAGAAGGCUUUGAACAUGACAGUUGAUCCAGAGUUGAUGCACGGAAGGAAGCGAAGGCAGGGCACGCAGGAUGUAAUGCAGAUGUACAAAUCACUGUACGAUUCAAUCCAUGACAACAUCAAGACACAAAUAGCACAGAGGUUCCAAAGCCUGGACAGCAGGAGAUACAUGGAGUUGUUAGAUGAUGAGAAAUUUGAGUCAUUCCGGAGUGAAUUCCCUGCAAAUGCAAUGGAAAGCCUGUCUCAGAGCUAUGGGUGUUUUUUUCAACAUGGAAAAACUGAAAAAUGAGCUGCAAGUGUUCUACUGUGGUGAGGAGCUUCAAGGGAACAGUUGAAAACUGUGUGACAGAAUCUUGCAUUUCAAGGGGUGUGGAUUGAAUGAAGUGAUGCCUGAGGUGUACCGGUUCAUGUGCCUAGUUGCAACUAUAGGGGCAACGUCAGCGGGCGUGGAGAGCAGAUUCUCUCGUCUGAAGAGGCUGAAAAGCUACACCAAAUAACACCAUGGGACAAGAGCGACUCAGGAACCUGGCAAUCCUAUCCAUAGAAAGGAGAAUUCCUUUAUAUCUUAAAUCACUACAGAAGAAUCCUCACUGGUAUGAGAGGGUCAUUGACCAGUUUGCCAACCAGACUAUGAGAAGAAUGGACUUUAUAUUCAAGUGAUUGAGACUGGAUGGUGGAAACUCCCUGAACUACUGCAAGGGAGUAUAAGGUCCCAUGAUGCCAGUGAUGUCUUAAAAGCAGAGUAAUGUAAUGUGAAGGUGUUGACCUAACCAGAAACACGCUUGUCAACAAGAUGAAGAACAAAUCUGUGAAAAAGCAACACAAAAUCAUGAGGUCUAAACACCGAGACCCCAUCAAAACAGAGUGUGAAACACAGUUAGAUGAUGUUAACUGCAAAAGAGAAGAACCAGACAUUAGCCAAGCUCCCUCUCCCAACACUAAAGGGGUAACUUCCAACUCUAUCCAAAUUAAAGAGGAACCAGCAGACUUUGAAGUACAGAGUCAUUGCUUUGAUUCUAGAGCACUCCACAAGGAUUCUGGAACCGUCAUAACCAAGACUGAAACAGAUUCCGUUUACAUUAGCCAAGGAACAGUAGAGGUAAAAGCGGAGUAUGAUUCUGAUUCUGAAAUACAUAAGGUAGUGGUUAAGAGAGAAACUCAAGUGUGUUUCAUGAAGGAGGAGAAUGUGGGUGAAGAAGACACAGAUGAGGACACUGAAGACGGGAGGGAUACUGACAGCAACAGAGUCUCUUCUCCGCAGUUCUUUCCUUGCACAUACUGCACCAUCUCCUUCACCAACCAUUCCUUCCUGGAGAAGCACAUCAAGUGGAACCACCAGAAGGAGUAUCUGGCCAUGUUGAGAAGCAGUUUUUCAAAGAGCAGUGGAACAGAGACGCUCCCAACACACAGCUGCCUCCACUGUAGCCUCAUGUUCCAAACCCCACGGCUGCUUAGCAUCCACACCCUCCAGAUCCACCCUUCAGCCACUCCCCGGAAACCUGCCCGUCCACACAGAGUUUCGGCAAAACUCUACACCUGCCCACAGUGUGCCCGCAGAUUCAGAUACCUGGGCAGUCUGCAAAACCACUGUGAGCUUUCACACAAAAUGGCUGUGAUCAGCACCAAUGGACACCUCAGUUGUGCCGACUGUGGGAAGAGCUUCAAGAAUUGUUGGGGACUGGGACCUCACCAGUGUCACGAACCAGAGGGCACUGAACCUCAGGACAUUAAGCCUGUGGUCUGUCUUGAAGUCGGCUUCCAUUGCUCAGAGUGUGGCAAGAUCCUCUGUAGUCCACAGAGCCUGAACAUUCACAUGCGAAUUCACACCGGAGAGAAGCCUUAUGCCUGCAAGGAGUGUGGCAAAAGGUUUGCGGAGAGCGGAAGUUUACGCAAACACCUGCUGAUACACUCUGGAGUCAAGGCAUUCAAAUGCCAGGAAUGCGGGAAGGAUUUUGCCCGUAUGAAGGGUCUCAGGAGUCACAUGACCACUCAUUCUGGCAAAAAGCAGUACUCCUGCUCCCAAUGUGACCGGCAGUUUGGAUACAAGUCUAGUCUGACCAUUCACCUACGCUCUCACACGGGGGAGAAACCCUUUCACUGCACAGAGUGUGGUAAAGACUUCUCUAUCAAGAGAAACCUGAGGCUUCACCUAAAGAUCCACAACAAUGAGAAAGGCCACCAGUGUGGGGAGUGUGGCCUGAAGGUCAUAGACAUUGGGGCGUUGAAGACACACAUGCGCUCACACACCGGUGAGAGGCCUUACCACUGCACAGUGUGCAGCAAGCAGUUCAUUCGACUGGAACACCUGAAGAACCACCAACGCACUCACACAGGGGAGAGACCAUAUGUCUGUUCGGAGUGCAGCAAGAGCUUUGCUCAGUCUGGAGAUCUCACAAAACACAUACGCACCCACACUGGAGAGAAGCCGUAUGAAUGUUCUGUCUGCCACGGCUGCUAUACCUCUUCAGGGGAUCUGGGCAAACAUAUGAGGAUCCACAAUGGCUCACGGCCCUUUCCCUGCCAGGAGUGUGACAAGAGCUUUCGCUUGGUCGGCCACCUUAAAACUCACAUGAGGACCCACACUGGGGAGAGACCGUACUCCUGCCCCCGCUGCCUCCGGACCUUCGCUCGCACCCACCACCUCUCUGUUCACCUGGCUCAGUGUCGCUGAUUGAUGAUAAUGAUUUGCCUGGUUGUGUUGCGCCUUUCUCAAAUUCAUUGCUUUAUGGGGGUAACUCACCCUUUCCACUACUCCCAAUGUGUAGCCCUUACCUGGGGGGGCAGCCAUAUUUCACCAGAACACUGAGGUGGGGCAUUUGGCUGAUUAUUACAGCGGACAAACAAGAUGAUGUAGGAAGCGUCAAUUCGAAGGUCUAAGAGCUCCAGACAGUGACACUCCACUAGAUACAGCUAGAUGUUGGGUAGAGUUUUUAGUUGGCAUGCAGUUUCAGAUUUGUUUUCUGGACAUUAAAGGGAUAGUUCAAAGUACAAAUUAAUCUAAUUUCCCACUUACCGUGGCUGUAGGUGUAGAUGAUUCAUCAAAAUGUCAAAAUUUGAUUAUAGAGCAAUAAAGUGACUUAAAUGUAAGGUAGACGUCUGUCAUGUCAAUUACUAUUUGGGGUGAAUUAUAUCUGUUUUGUGCUAUAUCUAAAAUCAUGACACUAUUUUACUGAAUGUAUGAUGACAAUACUUUUCUGAUGUAGGUGAGCAGAGUGGGUCUGCAGUACAGUCGUGGCCAACAGUUUUGAGAAUGACACAAAUAUUAGUUUUCAAAGUCUGCUGCCUCAGUUUGUAUGAUGGCAAUUUGCAUAUACUCCAUGUUAUG